AUGUCUCACGAAAAAAGAACAUCAGCAGACUUUUUUAAGUAGGUAUUUGGAAGAACAGUGAAUGUGAAAUUACAUAAUAGAACAGAAUAUAUUGGAGUUUUGGCUGCAUUAGAUGGAAAUAUGAAUCUUGUAUUGGAAUAAUGUGAAGAAUAUUUGGAACAGAAGUUAAUCAACAAAUAUGGAUAAAUAUUAUUGAGAGGAAAUAAUGUGCUUUACAUUAGUGCUAAAUUUAAUCAAAAAUAAUAACAGGAGGAAGAAGUUUGA